AGCAGUCGCUUGUGUGCGAUUCCAACGAUAUAAAAUAAUGUCUUACUUUUUUAACAACUAAAUAUUUACAUUUGAGCAUUUAGCAGACGCUUUUAUCUAAAGCGAGUUACAAAGAUAAGUAAACAAUCAAGCGAUUUGUCACGGGGCAAUAAUACAAGAGGUGCAAGUUGUAAUACAAGUUUACACGAUUCCGAUAUAUAUAUAGAGAGAGAUAAUUGUGGUACUUUAUAGGACUAAGCGUUUCACAAGAAAAAAAAUUGAUUUAUUUAUUUUUAAGCCGUUCAGACAUCAGUUGAUCUAUAAAUACUGUGAAGAGGACCAAUAAGCAGCUGCUGUCACAACACAUUCAGCUCCUCUACUGUUGUAAUGAUGGAGUGUGUUAAAGACGAGACUGAUCCUGAAUCAUUCACAAUAACACCUCAACAUACUGAACAACAAACAGGUCUGACAGAAGUGAAAGAGGAAGAUCAACAACAAAAUGAAAUGGAAGAUGAACAUCAGCACCACAAUUUCAUAAGUGAAGAAAAUUCAUUCACUUUCUCACAAACUGUUGAGAAUUCAUCUCAAGAAAGAGAAAAGGCCAAAAUCUCAAAGAGUUUUCCACAGAGAGGACAUUUAAAUGUUCACAUAAAGACUCACACAAGAGAAAUGCCAUACACCUGUUCUCAGUGUGGAAAAUGUUUUAAACAAAAAGGAGCUCUUAAUGCUCACAUAAAGUCUCAUACUGAAGAAAGGCCAUACAGCUGCCAUCAGUGUGAAAAGACUUACAAAUAUAAAAGACACCUUAAGGAACAUUUUUUCAGUCACAGAGAUGAGAGACCCUUUGCAUGUCCUCAGUGCGAUAAGACUUACAAACACAAAAGAUACCUUAAUCAACACCUGGUCAGUCACGGGGAUGAGAGACCCUUUAAAUGCCCUCAGUGCGGUCAAUGUUUUAAACGACAAGGAGCUCUUAAUGCUCACAUGAAGUCUGACACUGGAGAAAUGCCGUACACCUGCAUAAGUAAAAGUCACUUUGAAAAGGAAGAUUUUGUAAGUGGGACGUUCUAUGAAUGCCCUCAGUGUGAUAAAUGUUUCAAACACAAAGGAAAUUUUAAGGUUCACCUAAAGUCUCACACUGGAGAAAUGCCAUACAGCUGCCCACAGUGUGGUAAAUGUUUCAAACAAAAAGGAAAUCUUAAUGUUCACCUAAAAUCUCACACUGCAGAAAGGCCAUACAGCUGCCCUCAAUGUGGAAAGACUUACAAAUAUAAAAGAGACCUUAAGGAACAUAUGGUCAGUCACGGAGAAAACAGACACUUUGCAUGUCCAAAGUGCUAUAAGACUUACAAACAUAAAAGAUACCUUAAUCAACACCUGGUCAGUCAUGGGGAUGAGAGACCCUUUAAAUGCCCUCGUUGCGGUAAAUGUUUUACACGACAAAGAGCUCUUAAUGCUCAUAUAAAGUCUUACACUGAAGAAAUGCCAUACAGCUGCGUCACUAAAAGUCACUUUGAAGAGGAACAUUUAGUAAGUCACAGUGGUGCGAGGCCCUUUAAAUGCUCUCAGUGUGUUAAAUCUUUUAAAACCAAAAAGUAUCUUAAUUUUCACCUAAAGUCUCACACUGGAGAAUCAUACACCUGCCUUCAGUGUGGAAAGAGUUUUAGACAUAAAAUUACCCUUAAUAAUCACAUGAUGAGUCACGAUGGUGAUAAGCCGCUCACUUGUCCUCACUGUGGGAAGAAUUUAGCAUCAAAAGCAAAUCUAGAGAAUCACAUACGAGUUCACACUGGAGAGAGACCAUUCACGUGCCCACAAUGUGACAAGAGUUAUACUCAACGAGGACAUCUUAAGGGUCACAUACGAAUUCAUACAGGGGAGAAGCCUUUGUCAUGCCAUCUAUGAGAUAGAAGUUAUGCACAUGAUUCAUGAACAAAGUCUCAAAGGCUGUUUUGCUGUGAUCAGUGCUGUCAAAAGUUUGUUUUGAUAGGACUGCUAGAGGGACACCAUAAGACGCAUAAAACAUAAAAAGUUGUGACUUAUCUCCGUGUGGAAAUGCCUUCCUGAGAGCCGGAGACCUGGAGUGGAACCAAAUUCUGGAGAAAUUCCCUAAAAGUGCUCACUUUGUUUUAACUCGCAGAGAAAACCGCUGACUGCAAAAAGUGAACAAAGAUCAACUUCAGUCUUCAGAUCCACUACUCCAAAAUAUAUUUUUAAAGCAUUACAUCAAGUGCUGAAAUUUGUUCUUGUAGCUCAGCUCGUAGAGCAUUGUGUUAGCAGUGCAAAAGAUCUUUGGUUCGAUCCCAGGAACACCUUCUGAUGAAAUGUAUUGUAACUUUCUUUGGAUAAAAGUGUCAGCCAAAUUGAUUCAAAUAUAAAUGUUUUUUCAUGUUGGAGUAGCAGAACUGUUCACUCAUUAGGGGUAAUUUGUUAAAAAAUGCUAACAACAGUCUAUAUCUCCAUCCAUAUUCUUAAAAUCUAUAUUUUGUUUAUUAUGGAUAUGAAAGCAAAAAAACUAUACAUAUUUGUGUCUGAAGUGAGAUUAUUAAAGAAAUUGUUUACCAAAGACAAAAAAAAUCUGUCAUUAUUCACUUAUAAACCAGGACUACACGUGUCCUGCACACGCCUUCUGCCGGUCGUGACAAGAUCUGCUGACUCUGUAGCUGUCUAUAAGAAUCGGCUAAAAAUACCUUCUCAUCCACCAUUA